AUGGGUAAAUUAGAUGGUAAAAUUGCUCUGAUUACUGGUGGCUCUGAAGGUAUUGGUUUUGCAACUGCUCAGCGUUUCAUUACUGAAGGUGUAGAACACGUAUUCAUUACUGGAAGACGCCAAAUAAAACUUGAUGAAGCGGUGAAAAAAAUUGGUGCAAAGAAUAUCACUGCCGUACAAGGCGAUACAUCGAAUUUAGCCGAUCUUGAUAGAUUGUUCAGUAUCAUCGAAAAAGAAAAGGGUCGUUUAAAUAUUAUUUUUGCCAAUGCUGCCACUUGUACAUUCGCAAAGUUGGGUACGAUUACUGAAAAACAUUUCGAUGAUACAUUUAAUGUUAAUGUUAAAGGAGUAUUGUUUACUAUUCAAAAAGCAUUACCACUUUUGUCUGAUGGUGGAUCGAUUAUUUUGAAUGGAUCUAAUUCUUCGAAUAAAGGUGAUCCAGGUUUGAGUGCUUAUUGUGCAACAAAAGCUGCAAUUCGUUCUUUUGCUCGUUGUUGGACAGUCGAUUUAAAGGAACGUAAGAUUCGUGUGAAUACUCUGAGUCCCGGUGCCAUCAAUACUCCAUUACUACGAAGUCUGGGAAAAGAUGAAGAAGAAAGUGAAAUGCUCAUUGCUAGUUGGCAAGCAGCAAUACCAAUGAAUCGAAUCGGCACACCUGAUGAAGUGGCUAAAGCUGUCGUCUUUCUCGCUUCUGAUGAUAGCAGUUAUAUAACUGGUAUUGAACUUUUUGUUGACGGGGGUCUAUCACAAAUCUGA